UGGGAGCUCAGAAUCUUGAGAGCAAACGAUUAAACCAGUAAUAACAACCAUGUCCAUUUGUUGUAGUAGCUACUCAUCUUUCUACAACCACCAUUUUCCUUUUUGUUACAACCCUAAUUCCUUUUCAAUUUCCACUUUACGCACCAUUAAACCUAUUAGGUUUGCCAAGUGCACGCCUUCUGAUGAUAUCCAUGAAUUGUUAAAGAUCCUUCCACAUGAUUUGCGCAACAAUCUUGUGAUGGAAUCUAAAAGGGAUCAACUGUUGGAGGUAAUAUUGGAUCUAGGUCGAUUGCCAGUGGCAUGCUUCCUCGGUGAUUCAGGUCGGAGGUAUCUAAGAGACACUGAGAUAUCAAUUGAAGAGCUAGAAUAUGCCCAAAAUGCCCUUGGAGAAAUUGGAGGGGAUAAUAGAGCUGGCAUCGCUGGCACCCUGCACCGCAUAUCUGCAGUCAGAAGUAGAAAAGGUGUUGUAGUUGGCUUAACUUGCCGAGUUGGCAGGGCAGUUAGGGGUCACAUUGACAUGGUCCGAGAUCUGCUUCAGUUCGGAGAAAGUAUCCUGUUUAUUGGAAGGCCUGGUGUAGGGAAGACUACUGUUAUGCGAGAGAUAUCUCGAGUUCUCUCAGAUGAGCUACAGAAAAGAGUGGUGGUCGUUGACACCAGCAAUGAAAUAGGAGGCGGUGGGGAUAUACCGCACCCAGCAAUAGGCAGUGCAAGAAGAAUGCAGGUUUCAAAACCCUCUAUGCAACACAAAGUCAUGAUUGAGGCAGUGGAAAAUCACAUGCCUCAAGUGAUUAUUGUUGAUGAAAUUAGCACUUGGGCUGAAGUUAAAGCUUGUAAAUCAAUAGCCAAGAGAGGAGUCAUGCUUAUCGGCAGUGCUCAUGGUGAGCGGCUGGGAAACAUAAUAAAGAAUCCUGUUCUCUCUGAUUUGGCUGGAGGAGUAGAAACUGUUACUUUAGGAGAUCAUGAAGCUCGAAAGAGAGAUGGCAGGAAAAGUAUUAGUGAGAGAAGUGGUCCUCCUACCUUCCCCUUUGUGAUUGAAAUGAGAGAUAGACACCAUUGGGUCGUACAUAAGACGGAAAGAAGCAUGGAUGCAUUGCUUCGUGGGGAAAGGCCUCGGGUGGAGGUUCGGAAGAGGGACAAACAAAUGAAAGUUGUCAUAGAAAAAUGGAAACUAGAGGAUUAAGAGUCAACUCCUCGGCUUCAGUUUAUGCCUUUACCCAUGUCUUUGUCAGGGGCAUGGUUUUUUCAGUUAUAAUUCUAAUGUAAUAUCCCAAUAUAAAUGACUAUAUUUCUAUUUCUAUUUCUAUUUCAGUUUGUAGUUUGUCUUAAAAAUUAAUUAAUGUUUCUGAAUUAUUGAAACAUGAUUGCUUUCAUUAGUUCAUUGUAUUAUAAGAAAUGGUUUUUUAAU